AUGUUCAAAGCCUUUCGAAAGGAUAAAGACAAAAAGGCACAUAAAAUUAGAGGUCAAUUAAGUUUAGAUCGUAUUACUGGUGUUCUGAGUACAAAAGAUCAAUUGGAAUCCCAAUUAAAUCAGUCAGAAAUAGAAAAGGAAAACAGACUCGGAAAAUUCUUAUUUAUUCUUGGACCUCAUGAAGUCGUACCAGACGAAAUUGCGUUAUUGUUCGUAUACCCUGUUAAUAAAUUUCCAUAUACGCCGGAAACGAUAUAUAGAAUCAAACACUUCUGCUAUCCAAAUGGGAUGAAUUGCACAGUAAGUAAGAAAGAAUCAUUACAAAAUCAGUUCGUGUUCACUUUAAAUGAAGAUGGAAAACUAUUUUUUGGCGUCUGCACUCAUUUCUAUCCAUCAGGACCACAAUUUUUAUCCAAUUCUGAGUCUGGACAACCAUUUUGUAUUUGUACCAUCACUCAAAAUCCACAGCUUAACCAAAAUUUUCAAUUUCAACUAAUGAUAAUAUCAUUAAUCAGCAAUCCACAGCUCGAAAUCAACACAAAAUUCGAUGUUAAAUUGCUUCAGUAUGAACAAAAACUAGAUCCAGGUAUACUAGAAAAUUUACAUAAAUUUAAUCCUCCGUUAACAGUACUUUCCGGCAAUCCAAUAGUCUCAUCGAUCAAUCCAUCCUUUAUACCUCCAAAAAUUAUCGAUACUUUAUCUCUUUAUCUUCAAAUUUCAAAUCAACAAAAUUGUGCCCUUAAAUUAACGAACACUAACAGUGUUUUUAUUACAGCAACUGAGUCAGCUGCCAAACAGAUCGCCUCUACUAUUUUUGACGUUUUAUUCUCUAUUUUAUCCGUGAAAAACGUUUUAAAGUUUCUUUCAGCGAUAUUAACAGAGCAAAGAAUCAUCGUUUACGGAUCUGACUUUUACAACAUCAGUUCCGUAGUUCUUUCCGCUAUUCCGAUGAUUUCUCCUCUUGAAUACAAAGGCGCAUUUCUUCCAUUAGUUCCCAACCGCGCGGAAUUCCUUGACUACCUCGGAACACCGAUUCCUUAUAUCUUUGGUGUCCUAAAGUUCGAUGGGUUCUUGACAGCUCUUAAUUCUUUUGUUGAUCCUUCAGAAGUUUGUAUGAUCGACGUAGAUAACGAUAAAUUGCAGUUUCCCGAGUCAGUUCCGAUUCUUCCGAAGUUCAGCGAACUGAAAAACCUUCUGCAAAACCAGUUAAAUCAGAUUGGCUCUUGUAAGAGGAAUAGCCAAAAUAUGAAUGAAAUUGCUGGAUCAGGAGUUGCGUUGUCAUUCAAAUGGAACAGGAAAAACAAAUACAUUUUCACGCCCGGAAAUGCUCUGAAAAUUCAACAGAUUUUCACAAAAUACUUGAAUGAAAUGGUAGGUCCUGAGAGGCUUAGUGGAUGCAGAGUAAGGGAUACAACAGAUCCUGAUAAUCCAAAGGUCGGAUUUGUGAAUGAUGCAUACAUGAUUGGCAUAAAUGAAUGCGAUCUAGAUUUUGUAGAGGCUUUUAUUGGCACUCAAUUUUUCCAAGCUUAUUGCGAAGAAACAUUUUUCAGUUAA